CACACACACAUACACACAUAUGCCACCGCUCUCGACACCACCAACACCACCACAUAAAACCAGAGGUAGGUAUUUAUUUACCCCGGGGGCGGGGGAGGAAAAAGAAGAAGCUAGGAGAAAACAAAGAAACCUGAGUCCGCAUCCCAAGUCUCUUCGAUUUUUUAAAAAAAUAAGAGGUGCUGAAAGUCCGUUUGUUUUUAUUUUAUUUCCCACUGUAUCAUUUUUUUGGGGUGGUGGUGGCUGAAAUAUGCAUGCUAAUGGAUAGAAGAAAUCCGCACUAGUAAAGGCAGACCGGCUGCAUUAUCACCGAAAAACAAAACAAAACAAAACAAAACUCCCUCCUGGAUAUAAACCUUCCUGGAGUAAGAGGAACAGGCAAAAGUAGACACAUGCCUUCAUCUUUCUUCUUCUUCUUCGUCUUCUUCUUCUUCCUCUUCCUCUUCUUCUUCUCCUCCCCUUUCUUUUUAGGAAAGAUACCCACCCGUCCUCCCUUAGAUAUACUGUUCUUUUUCUCUAUUUGUAUUUUGUUGCUGAGGAAGAGAAUUUGGCAAAAGAGGGAGAGAGAGAUGAUAGAACACGUAUUUAGCAACCCUUCACUCAUCUCGCCAGCAGCGAUUAGCCGAAUAUGUCUGUCAAUAUCUUAAUAAAUCUGCGAGCAAAUUGGGAAGCCCCUCAUAUAAAUAUUUCACUCUUUCCUUUCCUGAGGAAAAAUAAAUGUGAGCAGGAUACAGAAGGAUUUGCCAAAUGAGUUCAUUCAGACACACACACACACUUGAGAUAGACAGACGCAGAUAACACAUCCUGCAUAAUGGUGGUGGUUGUUUUUACUAUGGGGGUAUUUUUAUGGGCACCUUGCCUUUGUAUUUUUUUUUAAUGUACUUUCCCUCCCGCAGCUCUACCCCUCCCCUUUCGGAAUAUGGAGGAGCUGAAAGGCGGAGAGAGAUAAGAAACAAGAAAAACAAACAGGAAACAUACAUGGAAACUCAGAGUUGUGUUUGUGGUUUAUUUCCAGCUCUGCAGGAAAUAUGACUGAGGAGUGGGGUAUAUGCAGGAGCAGAACAGAAACGCUUUUUCCUCCCCUUAAAAGACAAAAAAAAGACGAGGAGAAAGGGGGUAGAGAGGAUAAAGAUGCAAAGAGGAAAAUGUGGAUUUCAAAACACUGGUUGACGUUUCUUAUUCUAGCUCCCCUCUGCCUCGGGGCUGAUCUCGGCGCUCCCUCGGCUUUAUCCGGAGUCGCUCCGGGAACCCGGGCCCCGUUGGAGCUGCCCGAGCGGCCAAGUCUCCCCCUCGCCUUCGAAUCGGCCAGGCGUCGGCUCGAUCCUCUUCCCCUUCCAUCAUAGGACCUUGUGAGCCACCCUGAUCUAUACCACCUGUGAUGCAGGAGGAGAUUGGAGGAUGGGGUCAUAUGACUGGUCACGUGGUGGAGGCAGCUCAGUCCAAAAGAAAAUGGGGUUUGGUGUAAAUCUGGGGGUGUAAUGUUAUCAUAUAUCACGCUACCUCGUAAAACCGACACGGAAGCCUACCGGACCACAAAUCACCGGUCAAAAUUAUGAGUUCUUCGUAUUAUGUGAACGCUCUUUUUAGCAAAUAUACGACGGGGGCUGCUUCUCUCUUCCAAAAUGCGGAGCCCACGUCUUGCUCCUUUGCUACCAACUCGCAGAGAAGCGGCUAUGGACCAGGCGCUAGCGCGUUCACCUCCUCCAUGCCUGCCUUGUACAACGUGAACAGCACCAUAUAUCAAAGCCCGUUCUCUUCCGGAUACAGCCUGGGCUCCGAUGCCUACAACCUGCAUUGCUCCUCUUUUGAUCAGAACAUUCCCGUCCUUUGCAAUGACUUAACCAAACCCAGCUGUGACAAAGCGGAGGACAGCAACCUGCACAGCCAGGCGGAGAGUAAUUUCCGGAUAUACCCCUGGAUGAGGUCUUCAGGUAUGGGGGAGGAAGGAAGGAAGGAAGGAAGGGGGGUGGGGGACAAAACCGAGAUGCGGGCGGGGAAGGCCGGGCGGAGGGGGGGGCGUUGGAUUGAAAGCGCUGCCAAGCAGGCGAAUGGCAACUUCCACGCGGGUGCGGGGGCAACUUCCACGCAAGGAGCGCGCGCGCGCCUGCCCUGCCUGCCUGCUUUUAAUUAGAGCAAGCGGCGCCAUUGCGCAGAAAGCCCGUGGCAUUGUAUGUAAAUGAGUCUCAUAAAACUUUUUAUUGCCCAAUUAAUGGGUUCUAGCCUCGUAAAUUUAUUUAACUCUCUCUCUCUUUCUCUUUCCCCCCCGAUAUGGAAUGGGAGCGUUGGGUUGAAUUUUUGGUCGAGGCCCUAGGGAAAUAUGGGAAGGGUGAUGGCGAAGGUGGCCGGAGACUGGCAGGGGGAGAGCCUCGCUUCUCCUCGCCCGCACUGGCGAAGGGGGGGCGGGUAAUGCUGAGUGAGAGAAGAGCCGGGGGUGCGGACUGGGAUGGGGUGGGGGACGUAUCAGAGAGAGAGAGAGAGAGAGAGAGAGAGAGAGAGAAUAUGAGGGAGGAAAUGGAGCUUUCUAUUCUUGGAGUGAGCGAAAACGUUUGAUUCCCUCUUAUUUAUCUGACCCACCCUCCGCAAGAAAUAUAGACGGUCAGUGGUAGGCAUGUCAAUAAAGAAAGGGGUUAUUGGAGCGACGCAAAUCCGAACCUGCAGUUAAUUUUGCGGGAGGACAGGAAGACCUGCUCUUUUAACUGGGAGCGAAAGCGAGCCCUGAGUUCCAGACACCGCUUUGACUUCCGCCAGAGUCUGGAAUGUGGCGGGCAAAACCGGAGAGAGUUUGCUUUCAGUCAAUCGCCCUCUUUUCCCCCGCCUGGGUUUGUUUAUUUAAACUACAUGGUUAAAACCCGAAUUCCUCCACCCACCCAGUCUCUCCCGGCUUGUCGCCUUUGCCCGGGGCACUUGAGGGAAAGCUAAGCCUUCAGUUUUUAGUAUACUGUGCAGGAAGUCAGUGGGAUUUGCUUCCGAGUAGACGUGUCUCAGAAUUGGACGGUCAGCUUCUACCCACUUGGCCUGGAAGUUACGCCUUGCUGGACUCAAUGGAGCUUACUUCUGAGUAGACAGGAGCAGGCUUGAAAUGCUGCUGUUCCUUUCCGAUAUAUAUAUAUAUAUAUAUAUUGGGGUGGGGGUGGGACUCGUGUGUGUGUGUGUGUGAGAGAGAGAGAGAGAAUAGGAAAUAGGAGGGUUUUGUUUUUUAUUUGUUUGCCAGUGUUGUAAAACUAUUUCCUGGUCCUCUAACUUCGGUGGUUCUUUCCCGGCCUCCCCAAAUCCUCUCUUCAGGUCCGGAUAGGAAGAGAGGGCGUCAGACCUAUACCCGUUACCAAACUCUGGAGCUGGAGAAAGAAUUCCAUUUCAACCGCUAUCUGACCCGGCGGCGGCGGAUAGAGAUCGCCCACGCCCUGUGCCUGACCGAGAGGCAAAUCAAGAUUUGGUUUCAAAACCGGCGCAUGAAAUGGAAGAAGGAACAUAAAGAAGAAGCUGGAGGCGGCGGCGGCAGCAGCGGCGCCCCGGCGGCCAACGACAGCACAUCAGCUACUGCCUCUGUGGAGAAAGUAGAGGAGGAGGAGGAAGAAGAGGAAGAGGAAGCGGAAUGAACGGACAACUCCCCCCCCCCUCUCCCGGGCUCUCGCUCGCCGGAGCCCAGCGCUCGUCUUCUGUAUGCACGUGACAUUGUAAACGCUCUCUUCAAAUAAUAAUUAAAAUCUAUUUAAAAAGGAGACCCUUGCAAUCGCCAAUUCCAAUUAUAAGGGAUGGGGGGAGAGGUGAGUUCACCUCGACUGGCCCUUCCGCAUUCCCAGAGCAUCCGAGACGCAGCUCUGUGUAAACUAAGAGUAAAAUUAUCACUUGAACACCCGGACCAGUUUGGCUGUGAAUGUCCAAACCUGUUGUAUUAUUAUUUUUUGUUACAUAAUAGACGGAUAGAUUUUUCUCCCCGCCCUGGUAUCUGUGAGGGGAGGGGGGUGUCGUAACUUGCACAUAAUAAGAAAAAGAAAAAGGGGGGAAAACGCUGGGGGAGCCCCAUAUAGUUUAACUUCCAAAUAAACUACCUGACUGUACUGGUCCCAAUCAAUCGCUAAGGGACAAGUGCAUUAGGCUCACACUCAAACUACCUAAUUUACGCUGAGGAUCGAUGUACUUCCAGUUACUGAAUUUUUUUGUUGUUGUUUCUUUGUUUAAAAUAACCUGAAGAAGGAUUUGGGGUGGGUGGGGAAUUUUGAAUUCCAUGCGGAAGAAAACAAUGACUUAAACCACUACACUCAGCUGCAGUGAUUUGUACUACCUAUUUUCCAAACUACCUAUUAUCUAGCUCCGCCUACCUAUCUUCAAAAUUAUGCUGUAUUUUAUUAAUGCAAAAAGGAAAGACGACAAUACUUAAAGCGGACUUCCUUGUAGGACCUCAAGCGUAGCGCAUAAGGUAUAAAAGGGAAAACAAUUGAAACGGGAGGUCUUCCCAAGUCCGCCACAGGAUUUGAUGCCUGGUAUUGUUGAGUAUAAUUUAAAGUUUUUAAAUAAUAAUAAUAAUAUAUUUAUUCUAAGGCUGUUAUUAAGUGGAAACAAUAUGCUGCAAUGUAAGCUUUCGUCACACAAGUCUUAGCUAGGCCGAAUUUGAUGGUUAAACCAUCGCCAAGGAUUUGUACAAAGCGGUUUCAUCGCGUCCUUUUUGUGCGGCUCUGUUCAAGCCCGAUUUAGUGUUCCCUUUUGAGUUUUCUACCAUUCUGCUUGAUGCAACUGAAAAAAACACAAAGCAACAAAUUGAAAAAAAGAUGUGAAUUUAAGCACCGGCCACAUAUACCUAUUCUCAGCCACCUUAUUCCCUUCUCCCUAUUGCCAGAAUGUGUUAAGUCUGAAGCAGCUUUAAUUUUCAUAACAAUGAACGAAUAUUGUAUAUUGGAUCGAGGGAGGCUUGAGCCAUUUCUGAUUUUCUUGGACCUCAUUGAUAAAUAUACCAUGUCAUCUGCUGGGAAGCCUGUACUUGGUUAAGCAAACUUUGUAGCAUGAAGCAACGUUGACAACUCUGUAUAAAUAAAUUCUGCCUUGAAAGUUUUGGCUAAACUUUAUUCAUAAAAUGUACGUUACAAUGUGUUUUUCCACUGUGAACAUUGAGGUAUCUCGUGUUAAAAUUGAAGGGGGCGGGAAGUGCGUGUGUGUGUGCGUCUGCGUGAAUACUCUUCGGAGGUGCUGUCGUGUAUCGCCCACGUUCGAUGUGUUUUAUGUUACACAGAAAUAAAAAAUGCUUGUUGAC